GACCAAACCAGCUAUGGAAUCCUUUAACUCUACUGUUAUAAACUCUACUUAUGAUUACGACCAGGACUAUGAUGAUGAAGUCUGUGACAAAGAUGAAGUGGUUAAAUUUGGAUCCAUCACCAUUCCAAUUUUCUUUUCUAUCGUCGUCGCUCUGAGUCUCACAGGAAACAUCCUCGUCCUUGUCAUCUUGGCUUUGUAUGAAAACAUGAAAUCUCUGACCAACAUCUUCAUUGCCAACCUUGCCGUCUCUGACCUUGUCUUCACUAUCGGUCUCCCCUUCUGGGCCAUGUACGACGUCUGGGGAUGGGUAUUUUCAGAGACUGCCUGCAAGAUUGUGCAUUUUGUCUUUUUCACUGGGUUUUACAGUAGCGUCCUCUUUCUGACCAUCAUGACCAUCUACAGGUAUUUGGUAGUGGUCCACCCGCUCUCUGACAUGAGUUCUCUAAAACCUGGGACUGGGUUUUUUCUGUCUGUCCUCACGUGGAUGAUCAGCAUUGGAGCAGCCAUGCCAUCCCUGCUACAAACUGUCCUCGUCUCAGUCCACCACAAUGGUGCACACUCUUUGGGUUGUGAAUUUAAAGACACGCAAUGGAAAAUGAUUGGUAUGUCCCAGCAGAAUGUUUUCUUCUUGGGUGCAUUUGCAGUGAUUGGUUUCUGUUACAUUCAGAUUUUAAAGAGGAUCACUAAAACCAAGUCCCGCACAAAAACCAGAGCAGUAAAAUUAGUUUUUUGCAUCGUGGCCGUCUUUUUCGUAGGCUGGGUGCCUUACAACAUGGCAAUCUUUUUGAGAAUUUUACAUUACAGUGAAGUUCAGUUAUUUAAUGAUUGUGAUAGGAGUAUCCAGCUUGACUAUGCCUUUUACAUUUGUCGACUGAUUGCUUUCUCUCAUUGCUGCUUGAACCCGGUCUUCUAUGCAUUUGUUGGUGUGAAGUUCAGGAAUCAUUUAAAGUCACUACUGCUUCGAAUGUUCAGCCGCCCGAGUCCAGUUGAUGAUCAGGAAAUAAGAAUGCAAAAUUGUGUAUCACGAGCAUCAAUGUACUAGAUGCAAAUAUCUUUUUAUGCUUCCAUGUUAAUGAUAUAUAGAUGGGAAGAUUGUUUUUUAAG